AUGGCCAUGCCGGCCGGCGAACCGCUGGUGUGCGUGACCGGAGCCGGAGGCUUCAUUGCGUCGUCGCUCGUCAAAGAGCUGCUCCAGCGUGGCUACCGCGUGAGAGGCACCGCAAGGAACCCUGAUCAGAACAUCCAUGUUGAAUUAUUACAGAACUAUUACUGCUUCGUGAAGACGGUUGCUGAGAGAACAGCCAUGGAGGAGGCAUCCAAGAGAGGGAUACACCUGGUGGUGGUCGUGCCGGCGUUCACGCUAGGUGAAACGCUGCAGCCGGCGCUGCACCUGGCGAUGUGCAUGCUCAUUGUCUCCUACACGAAGGGCACCAAGAAGGCCUACCCGAACACUGUCUCGGGUUUACGAAAGCCCAGCUACGCGGCUGCGCAUGGGCGCUACCUCUGCAUUGGCCAAGUGGUGCACCGGUCGGAGUUUGUUCACAUGAUGAGAGAGCUCUUCCCACAGUAUCCAAUUACCACCAAGUAA